AUGGCCUCUGGCUUCGGCUCCAACUUCCAGGCUCUCAUAGACGCAACAUCCACAGAUGCCCUCAAAAAUAGCCGCAUCAUUUCUCUCAUCACCAACCGAAAAAACGCACACGCAACUGCCCGAGCAGACAAAGCAGGCAUCCCCUGGGAAUACUUCAACCUAGUCAGCGGCGGGUUCUUGCAAAAGGGAGAAACAGACCAGCAGAAAGUAACAGAGGGCCGGCAAAGAUACGACGCGGCAUUAGCAGCGAAGAUUCUAUCACCGGGCAAGGAAUUGCCGGAGCUGAUUGUCCUCGCUGGCUGGAUGCAUGUCUUCUCAAAAGCUUUCCUGGAACCUAUUGAGAAGGCGGGCGUGCGGAUAAUCAACCUCCAUCCGGCACUACCUGGGGAGUUUGAUGGAGCUGGGGCGAUUGAGCGCGCUUUUGAGGAGUUGAAGGCUGGAAGAAUAACGCGCACUGGUAUUAUGGCGCACUAUGUGAUUGCGGAGGUGGAUAGGGGGACGCCUAUUCUGGUGAAGGAGAUUGAGUGGAAUGGAGAGGAGUUGGAAGAGUUGAAGGAGAGGAUACAUUCUCAUGAGCAUAAGUUGAUUGUGGAUGCGACGGCCAAGGUGGCCAGGGAGAUUGUGGAGGGAAGGGGGAAAGGAAGCGAGAGGUCACAAAAUCCGUGA